AUGCGAGUCUUGAACUGCGGCAUUCACGGUUUCCACGAAACUCUCGGUCUUGAUGUCGAUGAGGUUCGAGUCUUCUGGACACUAGAGGCUGACAAGUAUGCUGUGCAAGCCGCAUAUCGUGUUGUUGUCUCAACAUCCGAAGAAGAUGUAGCUGCUGAACCGGCUUCCAACAUCGAUUUUGCCUUCGAUACUGGCAGGAUCUCAACGGACGAACAGCGGAACAUUCUCUGUAAGCCAGGCGGCGGGUUUCGAUCAACAUGCAACUACUACUGGCGGGUGACAGUGUGGGAUGGAGAUGGUGUCGCUACUCAUUCUGAAGUUCAGACCUUCUUUACUGCCUACCCACGGUCUCAGCUGCUGCCACCGUACUCCAUGAACCAGAAGUAUAUGCCACACUCCAGUCUCAUCUUUCGCACGUGGUUUGAAGACAUUGAAAACAAGUGGAAGGCUGUCUGGAUCGGAGAUGGUGGUGACAAGCCAUUGUACAUCCGUAAAGGCUUCAAUUUGGCCCGCAAGCCAUUCAAGGCCAUAGCUCUUGCGUCUGGUCUGGGUCACUUCGACCUUCAUGUGAACGGCGAACCUGCAUCUGACCAUGUAAUCGAUCCUGGUUGGUCUAACUACCACCGCACCGUCCAAUAUGUCGGCUACGAUCUGACAACACACCUUGAUGCCGGGAAGAACGUCCUCGCAGCACAUCUAGGUAACGGAUUCUACGCUGGUAGCGGUACUGAGGAAGAUCGCUUCUUCUGGCCAAUGUAUGAAGACAAUACAUAUGUACGGUAUGGCAAUGAGCUCUGCUUCUUCGCCGAACUCCACUUGUUCUACGAAGAUGGCACUCAUGAUAUCAUCCACACCGAUCCUUCGUGGAAAGUCCGCAAGAGUGCAACUACACUUGCAAACAUCUAUGCUUCCGAGACUCACGACAAGCGCCUGUUACCUUGUGGCUGGACUUCUCCAGGGUUCAAUGAGGCCGACUGGAGUCCUGCGAAGCCUUUGACUGGACCUCGAGGGUUGCUUCGUUACCAGAGUCAGCCGCCUGUUGUACUGCAUGACAAGCUUGAGCCAGUUUCCACCACGAGCCCACGUCCGGGCGUUGUCUGCUUUGACCUUGGACAAAAUGCUUCGAUUAUGCUCCAUCUCUCCGUCGAAGGACCAGCCGGCUCAAAGAUCAUGAUUCGCUAUUCCGAAACAGCAAAUGCAGAUGGUACUGUGCUGAUGCCUGACCCUUUGUUCAAGGACUUCGAAACAAAGGUGUUCUCGAAGAUCUACUUGGCUGGCACAGGUGCGCCUGAAGAUUGGCGGCCCGACUUCUCGUUCACCGCUGCUCGAUACAUCCAGAUCGAAGGUGUUGCAACAGAAGAAGGGAAUGGACUACCCGUCGUUCGUUCUCUCUUUGGUAGACACAUUUCAUCCGCCUCUCAGCGUGUGGGCUCGAUGAAGACAGACAAAGACGACGUCAACGCCUUGAUCAAAGCUUCACAUUGGUCGUUAUCGAGCAACAUCUACAGUUACCACACCGACUGUCCUCAGAUCGAGAAAUUCGGAUGGCUCGAAGUAACACAUCUCCUUGCUCCUGCCUCACAAUACGUGUUCGACAUGGAAGCACUCUACACAAAGAUCAUCUACGAUAUGAUCGAUGCUCAAGAGCCAAGCGGUUUGGUUCCUACCAUGGCGCCCGAGAUCAGAUACAUGUGCGGCCCUCUCCACGACACAAUCAGUUGGGGUGGAGCAUUGUGCUUGCUGCCUGAACUGCUUUUCAAGUACUAUGGCUCUACAUGGGUGAUACCGCAAGUCUACCCUGCCGCUGUGCGAUACAUGGAUUACAUCAAAACGAAGGAACGUCUCGGAGGUCUUAUCGAACACGGUCUAGGUGACUGGGGUCGAGAUAUCGCUUGGGGUAACCUGCAAGCCAACAUUGAAACUGCGUACUACUACAAAUGUCUCCAGAACACUGCAAUGAUGGCCAGACAUCUGGGACUGUCCGAAGAAACUGCCAAAUACGAGAGCUGGGCAGCCCGUGUACUCGGCGUCUACAACAAGGAACUUCUCAUCACAGACGACGAGUCUUCACCUUACGCCUACUACACCUCUCGCGACAACAUCGGGCAAAGAGAUUGUCAAGCCGUCGCUCAAGCCUAUGCGCUACAAUUCGACAUGGUGCCCACCGAACACAUAUCCUCAGUCCAAAACGCCUUCCUCGCCAGCGUCAGCGACAACCGCAUCCGCUCCGGCGAACUCGGCCUCAAAUGCAUCUUCGAAACCCUCAUCGACCUACAACGCCCAGACAUCGUGUUAGCGAUGGCCAGACAGGAAGAACAUCCCAGUUACAUGCGUUUCCUGCGUCAGGGCGAAACCACAUUCCUUGAGUUCUGGCAGGACGAGUGUAGAUCUAAAAGUCAUGAUUUAUUCUGUACGAUUCAUGAGUGGUUCUAUGCUGGAGUGCUUGGUAUAAAACCAAAGGGGAACGCAUAUAAGACUUUUAGCAUUGAGCCGCCGUAUGGUUCCGAGUUCAAGAAUGUGGAGGGGCAUGUUGAUUGUCCCUACGGCAGGAUCGAGGUCAAGUUCAGUCAGACUGCUGAGAAGGUGGCUUUGGGAGUGACUGUUCCGGUCGGAACGCGGGCUUCAGUCAGAAUUCCCCAUAGCUCCAGCACCUCGAUCAAGUUGUCGCGGAGUGGCGAGACUAUGACACCAGAGAAGGAUGGGCAGUAUGUGGUGUUGAGAAACGGCAGUUACUCUAUCGAGUUCGAAUAG